GAUAACUAACCACCAAUAUGUCUCUUCCACUACCUCUAAGAGCCAGAAGUUUACUAUGUAAGUGGUGGAAUGAGCUAGUGUAUCGAUAUCAACACAAGAAAGACUGGAAACAAGAGAUUGAUGAAGCUCACCUAAAACAAAGUCAGAGGAUUAAUGAAAGCCCACUUUUAUUUGCUGCUAAGGAAAAUGAUGUGACAUCCAUUAAGAAUUUGAUUAUUAGCCCAUCAGUUGAUAUAUUUGAAAGAGGUGCUGUUGGUGAAACUGCCCUACACGUUGCAGCUUUCUUUGAUAGCCUGGAAGCUGCUGUGGCUCUAAUGGAUGCAGCACCUGCCCUUAUCAAUGAACCUAUGAACUCGGAUCUCUAUGCAGGACAGACAGCACUGCACAUUGCUGUGGUAAAUCAAAAUAUUAAUCUUCUCAAGGAGCUCAUAUGCAGGGGAGCUAAUAUAAUCACACCACGUGUGACUGGGUCUUAUUUUCAAAAGAAUACACAAAAUCUUGUGUAUUUUGGUGAACACAUUCUGUCAUUUGCUGCCAGUGUUGGGAAUGAAGAGAUUGUGAAGUUGUUGAUUGAAGAAGGGGCAAAUAUCCAUGCUCAAGACAGUUUGGGUAACACAGUUUUGCACAUACUGGUUUUUCAACCAAACAAGAGCACCUCCUGCCAGAUAUUUGAUUUAAUUAUGUCAUAUGAUAAGCCAAAGGGUGGACAACUCUCUUUAGAUUUCAUCCAAAAUCACAAUGGCUUGACUCCCUUUAAAAUGUCAGCUGCUGAGGGGAACUUGGUGAUGUUCCAGCACAUAUUGAACAAGCGUCGUGUUUUCCAAUGGUGUUAUGGUCCACUUUCUUCCUACCUGUAUGAUCUCACAGAAAUUGACUCCUGGGCAGAUGAAUCUUCAAUUCUUGAGCUUAUUGUUUGCAGUGAAAAAAGAGAGGCUCGAAGAAUUCUUGAAGUCACUCCAUUAAAUCAGUUGGUAAAGCUUAAAUGGAACAAAUAUGGCAAGCACUACUUUUGGUUCUUGAUGCUUCUAUAUCUCAUUUAUAUUACUUGCUUCACACUCUGCUGUGUCUUCAGACCCCUCAAACUACGCACAGACAAUGCUACAGAUCCAAGAGACGUGACUCUCUACGUACAGAAAACACUUCAGGAAAGCUAUGUAACCUAUAAUGAUCACCUAAGACUGAUUGGGGAAAUAAUCAGUGUAACUGGAGCUGUGGUUAUUCUGCUUUUGGAGAUCCCAGACAUACUAAGAGUUGGAGCUGCAAGAUAUUUUGGACAGACUGUUCUUGGGGGUCCUUUUCAUGUUAUAAUUAUCACCUAUGCCUCUUUGGUACUUCUGUUGCUAAUUCUUAGGCUAACCAGUUCAAAUGGGGAAACAGAAGUUAUGGCAAUUGCACUGGUGUUGUGUUGGUGUAACAUCUUGUACUUUGCUCGAGGAUUUGAAAUGUUGGGGCCAUAUGUUAUAGUGAUACAGAAGAUAAUAUUCAGUGACCUUCUUUGUUUUAUUUGGCUUAUGAGCUUUUCUCUGGUUGGCUUCAGCACAGCUCUAUGGAUGCCUUACAUGACACAAGACCCUAGUCAAGAUCCACAGUUUGGUGAUUUCCCAACUCUUUUCUUUGUGGAGUUUGAGUUAUCUCUUGGGUUGCUGGACAUACCAAUGAAUUACAGUGUUUGGACACCAAGUAUUGUGAAGAUUCUGCACGUAGCUUUAACUGUGUUUACCUUUCUGCUGAUGAUGAAUCUGCUCAUUGCCAUGAUGGCAGACACACAGUGGAGGGUUGCACAGGAAAGAGACGAGCUUUGGAGAGCCCAGGUGGUUGCUACUACAGUCAUGCUUGAGCGAAGGAUACCUCGAUGUAUGUGGCCAAGACUAGGCAUUUGGGGUGGGGAUUAUGGGCUAGAUAAGAAAUGGUACUUUAGGGUGGAAGACCGCAAUGACAAUGCAGCUCAGAAACUGAGACGCUAUGCUGAGGCGUUCCAAUAUGGUAUAAACAAAGAAAAUUUGGACAAGAAAGUAGGCGAUACAGGAGAAUCACUGUUUAGAUCACAGUUACCUACACCUUCAGUUUCGGAUCAGUUUGACCCCAACAGAAAGUCCCUUUUGGGCUGGAAGAUUAUUCAAAGAAACACACUGGGCUCUGACUUUGGAGAACAAGUAGAGGAUAGAGAGGAGGAGGUGUACCAUGUCUAACUCAGCAGCAAACUUUGUUCCAUUGUAUUUGUUGUGAAAGUGUUUAUCAUGUGAAACAAAUGAAACCCUGCCAAAUGUCGGACUCUUUACCCAAUUAAAAAGGAAAAAAAAAC